AACAGCAGCAGAUCCUGCAGACCAAACUCAACAUGUGUUCAGUCAAACUCAUCGACUGUGGAAACCAAACUGAGAUUAAAACACAAGAGGAAAAUCACACGGAUGAUGAUGGUUUUCUUACGUCAGAUGUGAAGAGUGAAUUAUGUUUGGAUGGAGAAAUAACAUCCUCAACAUCAAAAGAGCGAUGGACCGCACAAACUUUUUCCUGCAUCACUUGUGGAAAGACAUUAAGCUCAAAAGGACAUUUAGAGAGACACUGGAGAAAACACACAAAACAGAAACUCUUCACCUGCAGGAGAUGUAAGAUCAGCUUUACUACCUUACAAGAGAAGAAACUUAAUUCACAAGAACACACAGAGAGAAGAAGUUGUUUCACUGUCAGCAGUGUGGGAAGAAUUAUUUUGCAACAACAUCUAAUAUAAAUGCUCACAUGAGGACACACAGUGAUGAAAAACCUUUCCCCUGCAGUGAAUGUGACAAAUAUUUCAAAACCAAAGGAAAUCUUGUACUUCAUCAAAGAAUUCACACAGGAGAAAAACCAUACGAGUGUCCUCACUGUGAGAAGCGAUUCAACCACAAACCUCAUCUGAAGAAUCACUUGCGUUCACACACCAAUGAGAGACCGUAUCAGUGCAGUGAAUGUGGAAAAACAUUUAGGGAUUCAGGCUCUUUAAAAUCACAUCAAAAAACGCACUCUGGGGAGAAAUCCUACCAAUGUUCACACUGUGAUAAACGUUUCUUUCAGAAAUCUCAUCUGAUAUGUCACGAGAGGAUUCACACUGGAGAGAAACCUUACGUCUGCCCUCACUGUGGAAAGAGCUUCUCUGAUCCUUCUCAUUUCAGAGUUCAUAAGAAAAUUCACACUGGAGAGAAACCUCAUCACUGUAAUGUUUGUGGGAAGAAUUUUAAGCGACGUGAACAUUUAGUGGCACACCAGAUAACUCAUACAGGUGAAAAACUUUACAAAUGCUCUCAGUGUGAGAAGACAUUUGUUCGACCAGAUGUCCUGAGAAUCCAUCAGAGAGUUCACACUGGAGAGAAACCUUACCAGUGCUCGAUCUGUGAAGAGAGAUUCGCUUAUUUAGGAAGUUUUUACACUCACAAGAAGAAACAUACUGAAGAACAAACACUUAAAUUAACAUAGCUUUAAAUGGAAAAAAGUAUUUGUUUAUGUUGUUUAUAAGUAAAAAUAAGUCAAGUGAACUUAUUGGCAUUGAUCCAAUCACGGACAGUGGUUCCACAUGAUUGGCCCAUGUUUUCUUAACAUGAAAUGAACAUGUAAGCUCUACUCAAUUACUUCAUGUCGAUAGAACAUGACCAAAUCACAUUUACUUAAAAUAAAAACCCAAUACUUCAUGUAGACACAACAUGAUUGAAUCACAUAAACCCAACAAGAUAUUUAAAUAAAAACAAAUUUGUUUAAUUCA